AUGUUCUCCAAACUCAUGUGUGCAAUUUUUUUCCAGGUGUCAAACGGUCUGUUUCCAAUUAUUGAGGGAGGGGGGCACUCCAUCGGGGCGCUCCAGUGGCGCUGCAGGUCUGGCCGAAUAUCUACCGCUGCCCUCCUUGGGCUGGUACAUCGACUAAAUCCACUUCGCUCCAACCCAAACUCGAUGUGGUCUGUUUUAUUCCCAAUACCUCCACUAUUGUUCGCUUCCCCAUACAAGGCCAUGUCUUCACCGUUGAGCUCGCCCCCCUCGUGUUUAUGUCCCGCACUGAGUCUAACGAAGAAAUUUCAACGUGCUGCACUGGAUAAUAACUAUCUGGCCCCGUUUUCGACCGACGAUCCACACUUAACCUGGUGGUGCUCUGGGCAGAAGGCGGAAAACACUUCCCUGGCCGGCGGAUUGCGAUGUGGGAAGAGUGAAAAGGUCAAAGGGGCAUGCCUUCCACGACUGCUUACUACCUAA